GCCCACCACCACCACCACCACCCUCUCCCCUCCAAACCAGAUUCUUCUCCCACCGCAAUGUUCUCAUGCAUUCGCACACUUUUAACUCCUCUCUCUCUCUCUCCCCUUUUGUCUCUCGUAUUCCCUCUCAAUGUCCUCUCCUUCUUCUUCUUCCCCUCCCUUCGUUCUCUCGUUCUUAUAAACCUGACCUUUCUUUUCCUUCUUCUUUCGACCUUCUUCGCGUUGCGAAUACAAUGAAAUUCGAGGACCUGCUGAUGGAGAGAAGCGAGGAGAAGCAGAAAAGACAGGACCUUGAGGAGGAGGUGACCAAGUUGCAAGCGGAAUUGGAGGGGCAGCAAGUGCUCAACGGGGUCUUGCACUGUGCACUCGACUGCCCUGCUUCUUCCCACCCGGGUCUUCCCUCUCUGAUUCCACCUCAGGUUCAGGCGCUUCUGUCUGAAUUAGCUAUGGCGGAAGAAGAGAUCGUUUGGCUAGAGCAGAAAAUCAAAGAUAUGAAAUGGAGGCUGUACCAAGAAAAGAAACACACACAGGAAUGGCAGAUGCUGCAGCAGCCCCGGCGACGGCGGCAACCGAAUCGUUGUAUCGACUACCAAGCAGAGAUGAGAGAACACGAGCAGCCUUUGAAAAUGCACUAUUUAGAAGAAGCAAGGAAGCAGAAAAUAAUCAGACAAAGAAGAGCUUCGGUUGGUUCUGCUUCAGACAUGCUGAGCAUCAGUUCCGCAAGGUCCAGCGAAGAAUCUGUCGACAAAUCAAUCAAGCAUAUAGGGAGAAGUAGAUACCAUGGCGGUAUGGACCAGGAAUAUGGAUACAUUAUAGAGAAGCCUAAUGAACUCUCUGAGCAGCUGAUCAAGUGCCUCAUAAGCAUAUUCCUCAAAUCGAACCACGUGUCACAGGAUAGAGAAGGACCAAAUCAUGUUCCGAAGCUCACCCUAGCUUGCAAGAAUUCCAAGUCCUCUGGAAAGAGCUCGUUUGGCUGCAAAAUCUCUCCAACAUUUGUCGAUGGUUACAUCUCGAGUCUCGACCCUUACGGCGUGUUGCUAGACGGAGAUGGUACUUUCAGAGAUAUUGGUCAGUACAAAAGCUUUAUCCCAAUCACGAGAAGCUCAUUAGACAUCAUGCAUCUUCAGGAGUGUUUGCCAGUAAUUCGGAAAUUAAGGGUCUUGGUGCACAAAUUGAGCAGUGUAGACCUGAGCUUUUUGACAUAUAAGCAGAAGUUAGCGUUCUGGAUCAACAUCUACAAUGCCUGUUUAAUGAAUGCUUUUCUGGAACACGGUCUGCCCUCCUCUCAGGAGAAACUUCUGGCGCUAAUGAAUAAGGCUGCAUUGAACGUGGGCGGCAUAGUACUAAACGCUCUGGCAAUCGAGCAUUUCAUUCUCAGACAUCCAUGUGAAAGCACACAUGGUUCUAUUGACGAGAAAGAAAUGCUGCUUCGCCAUGCCUACGGCCUCGGCUAUCCUGAGCCAAAUGUGACCUUUGCCCUUUGCCGGGGCAGCUGGUCUUCCCCUGCAUUAAGGGUCUAUACUCCAGAAGAGGUAGUGAACGAAUUAGGGAGAGCAAAGGUCGAGUAUCUGGAAGCGUCGGUGGGGGUCACGAGCAAGAGAAAGAUCGCCGUGCCCAAGCUUUUGCAGUGGCACAUGAGGGACUUCGCGGACGACAUGGAGUCGCUCCUCGAGUGGAUCUACAGCCAUCUGCCGCGUUCCGGGACUCUCAAGAGAUUGAUGAUGGAAUGCUUGAACUACGACACCAAGUCCCACGCCUCCAAGAUGGUCGAAAUCCAGCCUUACCGAUCCGAGUUCCGGUACUUGUUGGCCUUGUAACCGGAACAAGCGAGACACAUCCCAAUCAACGGGAAAAAUGCACUAAACAUCUUGACAGAUUCAGCUCAUCAGGAAGAGAAAACGACGGCCAGGCCGUGUUAAGAUUCUGGUACUUGUUGGCCUCGACCACUAAGUUUCUAGGCCGUGCUAGGAUGCAGCGCGACGCAAUUUACGCUAGUUUUUCCGUCCGAUUGGAGAUUCAAGAGUGCAUAACACAGAUUAUCAGAGCUGAUCAAGCAAUUAGCAGGAGCGUAAUCGGCUCGGAGAGCAAUUAAUUAGGGUGCACCUGGAGUUACGCAAUUAGCAUUCUUUCCGCAUAGAUGUUUCAGAUUCACCUUUGCUUCUGUACCAUGAAUUCAGUGAUUUCAUAUCUUCCUAUUGAAGAAAGUGGCUGCUACGUAUUUAAGCAAAUGGGAAAACAUAUCAACGAUGGAAGAUAAGUACGGAACAACUUAUGUUUUAAUUUGACAUAUGCUUCAAUGCAA